UCCGUCAAUCGCGAAUGUUUUCUGUUGACUGACUGAAGAUUGCGAGAGUGUUGCGCGAGCAAAGCACUCAAGCAAGCUCGAGCAGACGCAAGCACCUGCACGCGAAUGAAAAUCAGUGAAAACUAGACCAAUGGCGAUGCAAAAAUCCGGCUCCGAGUGGGAGAAAAUAGCCCAGGAAAUCGAAAAUGACAAACGGGACGAAAUAGAGACGCUGGAAGAUUUGGAGGAAAAAAUGCGUAAAACACCGCGGGGAAUGUUUACCAGUGGUUGGGACGACCCGGAUGAUCUGAUCGAGGAGGACCAAAAUCCUGAAGCUUCGUUGGAACGAUUAGCACUAUGGGCAGCCGGAGAAGAUAAGCUUGAGGUUCUCGAACAGGUGCUCGCCAAAAAACCGUCGGUGGUCAGUGCCGUUGACAGUGAUGGGUACACUCCGCUGCACAAGGCCUGCUACAACAACAACGUGGAAAUGGCCAAACUGCUGCUGCGGAAGGGAGCCGACCCAAAUGCCCAAACCGAACUGGGCUGGACGCCGUUGCAUUCGGCCAGCAAGUGGAACAAUGCCGAAUGUGUCGCUGUGAUGUUGCAACACGGGGCGGACUUUAAUGCGACCUCUCAUGGAAGUCAAACUCCGUUGCACAUUGCUGCCAGUGUGUCCAAUGCUCGCAGCACUCUGGUGACGCUGCUGAUGGACGAUCGGAUCCAACCGGAUUUGGUGAACAACUCUGGGGAGAAGGCAGCCGACAUUGCCAAGAAAAGUGGCCUUGCGUUUCCGCUGUUCGCUAUGGCUCAGUCAGCUUUGACCGUGGAAACUGGUAUGCUGGAUUAGGCUACGAUGUUUUUGGCAACGUGAUUUUAGGGCGUUAAGUGGUAAGUAAUCAUAGCAAUACAAAUAUUUAUUUCAUUGUAGA